CCAGAGUUUAGGUGGGAAAAUUUAUGGCAAAGCUGUCGCAGGUGUCGGUGAAUUUUAGUGGCGCAGGUUAAAGGUUAAUAGUGGGGGAAUGGAAGUGUUAUUUAGCUGCUUAAUUGACCAUCCACUGCCAAGUGAAGAGCUGCAUUAAUACAAAAUCAAUCAACGACGUCUAGUGUCUUACCCUUAAGAGCGUUACUAUGGUAACGCAUCAUUUCUUGGAUGAAAGUGCAUGGUGUUACAGCGUUCAGGAUUCUCAUUGCUGUUGGGCAGUGAUUUCUUAAUUACCUUCAAGAGGCGAAAGAAAAGAAGCUUUGUUUUUUGUUUCAGCUCUCCGGAUGUGUGUGUGUGUGUCUGUAGGAAGCCGUGCUACAAACGGAAGGAAAUAAUAGUUGAGUGCAUUUCGGAAUAUCUAACGCGUGUGUGCGCAUCUUGCUCAAAGUUGUUUGAAGGGAGAGUUUUUAAGCUAUGCCAUAACGGUGGGCAGUUGUAUCGUAUCGCUUUGUAAGGAUUCCGGACCCUUUUUGGUUCGUUACGUUUUCUUACCAUGUUCGUGCAUGCAUGCAGGAAGAAUUCACCUGUGCCCAACAGACGUACCUCUCAUCCUCUUUCUAACCUCAAUAAUUUUUGUUCUUCCCCCGGUUGGGUUCCACGUUGGUAACUGCUGGAAGUUUUGAAUUGUUUAUCGCCUCCCCGCGUUUGCAUCCCUUUCCCUAAACUUACCCAAUAUCCUUCCUUUAGUCACACUGCCCUUUGAGUCUUCCACAAAAUUCGGAGGGUUCGUUGCUUUCCGCUAGUUUUGCAAGCGAGAAUGGGCGUGAAGUUUGUUUACGAAUGGUGAGGUUGUACCGUGUCAGGAUACGGCAACACACCCGCAAUAGUAAACGAUGCGUUGCCGUAGUAACUGUCAAAUGUCAAAACGACACCGGCGGUUCAACAACGAUACCCCGUUGGGAUAAUAACCACCUUUGGGAAAAAUAGUUCGUUACGAUUCUUCAGUAGCGUACAAAUCGUUUAGCAUUCCGCAUUCGCAAUCGAAGUGUGUGCGGGCUGUGUUCGAUCGUGUCAGAUUUACGGUUGAUUCGGGAUUGCUGGUUCUUCCUGAACGGAUUCUCAAGCGCUCAAGGAUAACCGAGCCGCAUGCAGGAUGGUGUUUCUUGUAUUACUAUGCUUUGCGCUGUUUAGUGCCGUGUUGAUUUACAUCAUCUUUUCGUUCGGUAUAUGGGUUUGUUGUGAAUAGUUUGCCGAAAGGUGAUGUGGAGAUGUGUGGAAGAAAUAAAUCAAACGCAACAAACGGCAUCAACCUCUGCCAGGCAAUACCCCGCCAGAUGAUGCGCUAAUGAGGUACGAAGCAAAUCCAGUGAUCGAAUUCAUACGCUGAUCGAGUGUGGUAAAGGAAAAAGUAUAAGAUCAAGUAAGAACGCAUCCCCGGCACACAGUGUAUAUCCAGGAAGCUCCGAUGAUCUGAGCAGUGACGGGAGAGGAGUAAAAUUCGUUGAGCUGUGUGGCCUGCCUUCAUGGGCAUCUUCAUUGGGAGAUAACGAGUAAACUGGCCAGUUGGUGCUGUGGCUAUUUCUACACUUUCGUAGCUGAACCUUACGUGCAAUUUUGUUAAUAAUCGAAGAAAAGAAGUGUUUCGGGUGCGAGCAUACACGAUCGAUGAAGAGGAGUGCAUAACAGAUUGGAAGAAAAUCUUGCGAUUUGGCUAGAAGAUAUGUUUAAUGCGUUUAAUUUAUGAUGUUAUAGUACCACCACAUGUGCUGUGAGCUGUCAAUGAUCUCUUGCUCUUGUUAGGGGAGAUUAGAUUUAACUUGUUUAGCCACUGAAGUGACACGGUACAGCGAAAUUGUUGAAGAGUGAGUGAAUUUUUGGAAAAUAAUGUUUUGUUAUGAUAUUGAAGAAGAUCGUGUAACAAAAGUUAGUGACAGAAUAACUAAAAAAGAGUGUAAAUCAUUAAAAGAAACAAUGAUGAUAUCAUCCAUUAUCGAGCAGAAAUAAUUAAAUUGAAACAACUUCAAAAAAAGCUGCGCAGUUUGUGUGGUACAGUUCAAAAACCAAAGACGAAAACCUUUACCGCACGAUUCGGGCUGACGGGAAAGGGAUGUAACGAAAACGAUGGAAACGAUCAAAAGUCUGUUGCUACAAACGUCACCCGGUGCCGGUACUACUAUCAGCACGAAGUCGGAUUAUGCGGUACCACACAGGAAAGCAAUUCAGGAUCCUUUCGGAAGUCCUGCCCACGCAGCGCUUGGACCCAUGCUGUCACCGAUCGUGUCGGCAGUUAGCAGUAUUUGUGAAUCAGAUGAUAUUUCCAACCAAGCUGUGAUAGACGACGCUAGCAUGACACUGGUCGAGACGCACAAAGAAGAAUCGUGCAUGAUGCGUACUGCGGGUAGCACAGCAGAUUUCAUCCAUCCAAAACUAUCGAAACUUAAGCAGCCGCCGGUCAUUGUGGGGAUGGCCGUAAAACGAAGUUUGCGAAAGCCUCCGGAAAUAAUAACGUCGAGAGCGGGCGAAUUGACGAAAGAACCGACACUUAAAUCGAGUACGUUAGAGCAGUGGCAUAAGGAUAUUUUUGAAACACCGCCGCUGGCAUUGGAAUAUGAUGAUCUGGUAAUGGAGCAGCCGGAAGAAGCUUUUGUGAGGCACAGCGUUGAUGGUGCAAACAAUAAGACAAACGAGCACAUAAAAUUAUUGGAAGUUAGUAAUCAAGAGCAAUGCGAAGCGGUGGUAGCUGUGGUACGUAAUGCUGAAGAUAAUAGUCCGAAAGCAAGUGGCAGUGACAACGAUUUGAUCGAUUUGAUCGAUUUCAGCAGUGAUCAAGAGGAAGCUAUGAGUGUUUCAAGCGAAGCUAAAGUACAGGAAAAGUUAAUGAAAGUGGCACAAGCUGCUUUGCUUGCGACUAAAACUGAACCCGUGAUUUGUACUGGUCGAGUGAAAAAGGUGACAUUUCUGUUAGACGAUGAUCCAUUUCGAAAUUGCGACAGCGAUAACGAUUCAGAUAUCGUGAAGGAUCCUCAUGGUGAGCGAGAUCUGCCAGAUAGCGAGGAAGAGGAAGAUGAAACGGUGCGAAUUGAUGGAGAGGCACUAGAUAUCGAUACCAAGAGCUUUAGCGUCCGGUGCGGGGCAUCUGUCGAUGAAAGUGAUCCUACCAUCAAUGGCAGGAAGGCAACGCUAAAGCACCAUCCUCACUUCCAGCUUCGUAAUGAAAUAUCAACAGAGACUAGGCAAACAGAUGACAAUGUUUUCCAUCCGGUGGGCGAUGCAAGGGGAAACGAAUGGCAUGCUGUCAAUGGUAGGAAGAGUACUGCUGAGAGUAGUCACGUUGACAGCGAAGCUGGUGGAAGAUGGAGUCCCCAACGGAUACUGGAGAUGACGGACGUGACUGAAGCAUCGGAGAACGGGUGGUCGGAAACGGAAAUGGUUCAGCGCGCAUGCUCCUCUCCAUUACAUGCCGAGAGUGAGAGUCAUCGCCAUCAUCAGCGGCAUCAUCAGCGGUAUGAGCGUGAGGAGAAUUCAACCAUUGCCAUCGGUCCCGUAGCCGUGUCAGCAAAUUCCGAUGGUGGAGCAGUCACGCAGAGAAUCGACGAAACUCUCGCGUGCACUUUCCGACCGUCGGGUAUGGCUAGACGUGCGGCACGGGACCAGCGUGCGGAUGUUUGCCUGGCGAACGCAUGCGCCGGAACCGAAUCGAUCAACGGCGAACGGCGAAGGAAACACCAACACCAGGGCAGCACAGUGAAACACGACCCUCACGACGGUAGGCCGGGAGCCAAAGGACGGCCCAAGGCAGCCCCCGUGCUGCUGGAUGAUGGUGGUAGUAGUGACGAGCGCUCGGUAGUAGCGUUGAGUAAUGUGAAGCUCUCCUCAGCACCGAUCGAUGAACGGCACCAGCACGCUGGUAGUGACAUUGAGGUUUGUUGCAUCGAUGGACGUGAAUUGAAGGAACGCGAACGAAAGAUUCAGCGUGAAUCGACACCAGCCAGCCAUCGGACGUGUACAGAAUUGGACCGGACACUUCCUGCUCCUUCGGCAGAGCGGAGCUACACGGGUGAGCGUGAGAGAAUCGAUGAACGAUGUUACGUCGAUGACGGUAACGAGGCAAAACAGCGACCAGCAAGUGACUUCACUUGCGAGCAUGGUAGUCUGUUACGAGGAUUAGAGUACGUCAGUACCAGCAGCUUUCCGACGGCUGUUGGUCCUAACGGUGAGGACGAAGAAGGAAAAGGGCGGUACAAAGGCCUAGGGCAGCAGCAGCAGCAUCAGCAGCUACAGCUGACCCCAAACGGUACCGUUGCACGCACGGUACAAACCUGCACGACCGAGUGUGAAGAAAAAUCUACCCAAGUGUCAGCGAAGGGACACACGCGAACGGCAGGACCGCUGUCCUCGGAUAGUGAGAGUGAAAAUUAUUACGGCACCUGCUCGCCACCGACAGUCGAACGGUCCGACCACCAGAACUGUGCGAAUCAUCGCAGUUUUCAUCCGGAAGGGAGGGAGUGUCCUUCCUGCACGCAGACCGAUCCUGCAUCAUCAUCCGUGCUGGUGGAGGUAACGCUCAGUGCGCACAUCUGUGUUCACCAGCAGCAGGUUCCGUUUUCUUUCCGUGAAGCGGGCAGUAACUCUUGCCACUGCAGUGAAAACUCGCGAGUGCUUAGGGACAGUGCAACCAACACCCAGGGGGAAGAUUCGGACGGUGGUGCUUCCGUCGCGUCUGAGGGUGCACGGGCGGAGGGUAUACAGUCGCGGACAGGGCACCGUAACAACCCGUCCAGUGCGGACAGUGGUAUUAUUAUUAUCGACGAUGACGUCGAUGGUGCAACGGUGGACGACGGAACAUAUCCGUGUCGGUCACGGGCAGACGACGAACGAGGUAGCGUGAACAUUGUGAAAGGUCCUGGCGUGCGAACGGACCACCAUCAGAACACACAAACGGAACCAUUCGAUGUGAACUUUAUUGACAGUGAAAUCCGUCCCCAAGGAUCAUUACCGGACCACCACAUCGUCCUACCAGCGAAUCUCAGCCAGGAGCAAGUUCUCGAAGGUGCGAGAGUGAGUGAACGCGUGCAAAGUGAACCGAGAAGCGAAUGUCCCACCACAGUUUCCGUACCGUUGGAAGGAUACCUUGCGCAGGACAACACAGACGCAGGCGGAGCAACUGAGGCGAACGAAAAUUCCAGCAGUACCAGUGGGGUUGAGUGUUUUGAGGCCAGUCAACGCCUGAAGCGGCUGGAGGAGCGUUUCCGUGGAUUUGCAUAUACGAAAAAGUUUUUCCGUGAGUCAUAUUCCCACGGCUUAUCAGAACUCGGUGCAAGAGAUUCGCCCCAGUACGGUGGAGCAUCACAAUCGGUGGGGGGAUCUUUGCCCUCGUUGCUAGUGUGCGCAGGCCAUCCUGACGCUCGUUCAUCGUCGACGGACUAUGCCAACACCAAUACUUUUGCAGCAGGUUCUCCAUCGUUGCGCCCGUCCGCGGAAGAUGACGCGAGAGGUUACGGUGGUAGCGAUGCGAACGUGACGCUCUUGCGUUCACCAACACAACGCAACCGGAGAGGAUUAUUGUCGUUCGUGUCGACAUCGUCAUUGGGAUCAUCAUCGCCAUCAUCAGCACGGGGUUUUGAAGCUGUAACAGCAGCAGCAGCAUCCUCAGCGUCCGCAGCAUCCGAAAGAAGUGAACGAAAGCCUGGCAGAAGUAGCCGCGGUAGCAGUAGUACGCUGCUGGCGUCUAGGAAAACAUCCUCGCUCAAUUGUUUACAGCAGGACGCGACACGGGACGAGGAUGAUACGGAAAGCUAUCUGCUGAGUAACAGAAAAAACCAUAACAAUAAUCGGUCUUCACGCGACGCAACCUUCCAACCAACGCCAUCUCUCAACCGUACGCCGAGAGCAUCCUGGACGAGACCUAUCCUACCACCGCUCUCCUCAUCGCUGCUAUCACUUUCGGCGUCAUCGUUACUUUCGCUAUCCUGCCUGGAUCUCGAGCGUCAGAAUAGACAAAGAACAGCGAGCCAAGUGUCGUCCUCCAAGAAUCAGGAAACGGAGAUUGUCGCCGAGGGUAAACGGCAAGAUAAGAAUAAUAACGGCCCUGGGGAAGAAAACGGGUUGUCGAAGGCUGUCUCAUUACCCUCGUUACUUUCGCCGGCAGUGCAUCAGCAAAGCGCGGACGAGUAUCUCGGCGCUGCUAGCACUAAAGCAAGCCCAGUUAACUCCAGCCAAACAGUAGCACCCGUAAACCCGAACCAAUUGCGGUAUCAGCGGCAACCACGUGCCGUUGAGGAAUUGCGACGAAAUACCGACACACCGGAGAGCAGUGGUGCUGAGUCGGAAGAAAUCUGUAAAAUCUUUCCCGGCGGAAAGGCCCGCAUUGAUGACCCGCUCGAGGUGGUAGAGACGGUAAUUGUCGGUGGAUCUACCGAGGAAGAGGAUAACGACGACGACGAGGAGGAGGAAGAAGAGGACGACGAGGAAGAUAUAACCGGGGACCAUAUUGUGCUCGGUGCGGUUGGUGAGGACAUUCUCAACAACAAUCACAGCGCCUAUCUCGGCAGCGAAGUAGACGAAGAGGCUCAGCAGGACGAGUUUGUUCAGCUCGAGAAGCUGCUUGCAGCGGAUCCGCAUACGAACUGCGAGUUCGACACGCGCCAUCUGCAGGACUACGAACCGGAAGUGUAUCGGAUAAAAUAUUGCUACGAUGAGCUCGAGGAGGAGCUAGAGGAGCAGCAAGAGCAGGAGGCGGCCAACGAUCUGCUGGUAGUGUUGCGUGGAACUCGUCCACUACCCGUGGGUCCUCCACCGGCGGUGCCUCCUCCGCCACCGCCUCCACCAAAAGCGGUAAGAGUGUCGGUCGGUGAGCCAAAGGGCAGUGUAAUCUAUUCGACUCCACGGUUCAGUGCAGUUGUACCAGCGGGAGGGCAGUGCAGUGUACCCAACAAUCGGGCGCUAGUGAGUGGAAGUGUGAAGGAAGCAUAUUCCGGCGCGUGUGGUGCAGUGUUGCCCUCCGAGUCAGCCAAAAUUGCUGACGACGAUAGGGAAAGUGCAAUAAAACAAACCACACCGAGCGGUGUGGUGGUGGCAUUGGGCAAACACAAGUGUCCCACCAGUGUUGUUAGUGGUUCCAGUAUUAGUAUUACUGCGAGUGAAGUUAGUGAUCGUGAUAUACCGCCUCCACCGCCACCACCGAAAGCGCGACGCUUAGGAGCGCUCGGCUACGACGGUUGUGGGUGUGUGAUCGAGGCGAUCCCACUUUAUCGUAGCGAAUCGGAAGCAUUUGCUACGGGUGGCGACGCGAUGCGUGAAACGGCGACCGGAACCCUACGCGGGUUGCUGAAGAAACCAAAUCGGCCACCACCGGUGCGUAAGAACCGGGUGGUAUUCGACGAGACGCGUAAUGAAUUCUUCGAAGCGGAUUACAUCAUACUCAUACGGGAGGAUUGUCCGUACGAUGAGGAGGACGAGGAACCAUGCACCUGCGGUGAACACGAGCUCGUUCGAAUAUGUUGUGACGAAGGCUGUAACUGUGGCUACACGGACGAUGGACGUACGCCACCGAGUCCGAAGUUUGCUCCUCCGAUCGAGUUUGUCGACCAGGCCACGCUGAGCCCCCCGGAGGGCUACAAAGACGGCAGUGGACUGCUUGACAAUGCACUCGGUGGAGCACUCGGUGGGCAUGUCUUCGGUGCACAACAUAUUCAGCAGCUCCAGGUUAUCCAGCGGCUACAGCAGCAACGGGCUGCCAUGUUGGCAGCCAGAGCUGCUGCUGGCCAGCAGGGACAACAAACGGGCACCGCAGGCCAAGGCCAGGCUGGUUCCCAAACCGUCUCCACUAGUCAACAACAGCAGCAACAGCAACAGCAGCAACAGCAGCAGCAGCAACAACAGCAAGUCCAGCAAACUGCUGUAUGCACAGAAUGUGCCGAAUGUGCGGAAUGUGCUGCCAAACAAAUGCAUGAUGAAGAAUGUGACUCCCAAUGUUCGGACGACAUUUCACCAAUGCUGGAGGCACCGCUGCCACCUCAUGCUACACUUCCAAUCGCACUGGUACCCCUAACCAAGUCAUCGCCAGAACGACGCGUUACGCAAAAGGAGAUUAUAGCUGGGGAGGAAAGGCCUAAGUUCCUUACCAUCAAACAGGUGCAGGAUUCGGGUUCGCAAGACGGUGACGGUAAGGGAGGUGGCGACGGUACAACGGUAUCCCAAACUCCCCAGCGCUACAUCGUGGAAACAAUUACGAUGACCACGGUGACCGAGCGACGGAUCGUGCAAAAGGAUGAGUCGCUGCCGACGCUGCCAGAAACUGCUCCGGCCAGUAUCGGAGCGAAGGCCGGUUCGCCGGUGGUUAGCUCCACACCCACAAUUAUGCCUUCCUUAUCCACCACGCUUUCACCUAUCGUUCCAGCAGGCAACGAAGGUGGUUCCACCGCUGUACCGACGGUGGCAGGAAGUGCUAGCACCACACAGUCCUCCCUAGCAGCUAGCCAUGACUACCGAUUGCUUCAGCAGCAGCAGCAACAGCAGCAGCAGAAGGGUAUGCGUACGGGACAGACCGGUGGGGAAGGAAGUGCCUCGCAGCAACAAACAGCGACGAGUGGUGGCGCGGGCCAGUACGAACCGGCCAAACAUAAGCCGUUAAGUACGGCGCAGGCGAUAAGUGGUAUCCUUAAGGGAGGUAAACUGUGGAAAAAUGAACAGCAGCAUCAUCCGCACCAGCAGCACACUCAACAGCAGCACCAGCAGCAGCAACAGCAGCAACAGCAGCAGCAUCAGCAGCACCAGGCACACCAGCAGCAGUCAACCGUUCAGAACGACGAUUCGACGGCAGUGACAUCGGACGAAGAAACGAGCUCAAAGCGUUCGGUGCGAUUCAACGAAGAGUCAACGAUCCGUGAGGCAUGCUGCGACGGGGAAGUGCAGUCCGGGUUGGGCGAAGGUGAAAUGGGCACCUGUCGCGCCAUUAACUACAUGUCCGACACACUCAAGCGCCAUUCGUCCGGAUUGUUCCACAACGCUUUGCGGCCCAACUCCGCCGUACGGCAGCUCUUUCCUAGCAGCGCCAUUCAACCACUGCUGACGACGGCCAUUUCCGGGGCGGGCCCUACAACACCAAACACGUCGGUUUCGUCAUCGGGCACGGCCUCAACUGCUCCGCUAAACACGCAGACAACAACCACAAACACGGCACCCGGUACAGGUGUGUGUCCUGCUGUUACGAUGAACGUUGGACAUGCGACCGUGUUGACGCAGGAAGCGCUGAAAGCGUUCGACGACUCGAAAAAGACAGCUUCGAUGCCACCGGGCCUGGUACAUCAGCACAGUCUCACAAGCAAUUCGGGUAGCAUGAGCAAUAUACCGAACAGUGCGACGGCGGCUUUAGCAAUGUCGGCCACCGCCGGUACGGUGGUGACUGGCAGUCCAGGAGAAUCGGACACGAUUCGGCGUUCGAUCGAACGAAACGCUUUGCGAAGGUCUCUGAUUAAGUAUGAACCAAAGAAAAAGAUCCCGGUGAAGGAUGUUACAUCUCUGGAGGAGCGUAUCCGGCAGCUAACGUGCGACAUCGAUGAUCCGAUCGAUGAGACGGGUGGAGGCGAGGGCAGUGAUCAGGCGGGCGACGGCGAUCUCAGUGAAAUGGAACGCCGCGACAGCCCGGCAGGUGAGGAGAAUCCACAGCAGCCGAAAUAUCUGCCCGAUAAAAGCUUCUCGCCCAGCUCGUCCGCUUCAAGCUCGAGCAGCGGUUCGAAUGGUUCAACCUACAAGAAGAUCACCGAUCUGUUCCAUCGCGAUCGACGGCAGGAGAAGAUACCGGAGGCAGACGAAAACCCGAUUGUGAUCAUACCGCAGGGUGCACACACGCAGAUACAUCAGCCUCCCCAGCAGCGGCAUGUUGAUUCGCGACGUCAGUUCCUUUCCACGCUCGCUCCCCUAACGGCUUGUGUCGCAGGACAGCGUGACGAUCUGUCGUACUACACGCUAGCCCAUCCGGGUGACCGUAGCUCGAUGGCCAGCUCGCAAAGCACGGAGUACAGCAUCGGAGAUAUUGAUGCGGCACUGCACGAUGACGAUGGUAAGAAGGUGGCACCGGAUGUGAUUGCCGGUACGCCCGGUCAGGAGUCGGACGAGCUGGCCGCCUUCGUGCAGCAGGAAGGUGCGCGUACCGAGCGUUUGAAGAAGCGGUACAGUGCUGAAACGUCGACUUCAGCACCAGCCUCCGGUGCGGGUUCGGAUGACGAUGAGCAGAAUGAUUAUGGCUUCAACUCUCGACCCUCGGUGCGUGGUAUAAAGCCGCGUUUUGGUUCAACGAACGAAAUUUUGCAACAAAUGCAAGCACAACUCGCUGCACCAACACCACCGCAGACCAAAUCUCAAUCGACUACCGUUCCCGCACAAACGCAACCGAUUCAAUCGAAUACGUUGCCACGGCCAAGUAUGCAUGUGGCGGCAGCUAAGCAGCAAAUCACCACACACCAACAUACCGCCUCGUGGAGCUACUAUCCGGCCGUCGAUCCAGCCACACAAGCGAAGGGAGUCGCCCAUCAACCUCAACCGGCUGCAGCAGGUGCGGUACAGCAAACUGCAAGUAGCGCAGUCGCUCCUGCAAAUCAAACCAACAUGCUGGCUGCCGUCGAUCCGCACGGCAAUUACUACCACAUACCGGUGCAGACGCGGCACAGCUAUCACGGCCAGGAAGCAAUCUAUCAGAACUGCGCGAACCUGCCGCUGGGUGUGCAGGCAAGCGCCGUACAGGUGCAGUCACAUCAGAUACACACGCAACACCAGGCCGUACACACGGCACAUCACAUUCACCAAAUGACUGAUACGGCGACGUACGGCAAGUUUGCCCGUAGUCCAACGCGUCGACCCGAAUCGCCACCACCGUUGCGCAACUACCAUCAGACGAUGGUGCUGAUCCCGUACAAUGCUGAAACGUAUCAUCGAUACACGGCCCAGGAGCAGGAGAACUAUCGACGACAGCACAACAUCGUCGAGUACCAGCAGGUCACUCAACAAACGAUUCGAGUUCCGGUCGGUUAUCCACUGCCCGGUAUGCAAUUGCACGUAGUGGCGGCCGGUGCACGGGCAGGUCUUCCACCACACUAUUCCACACUACCCCGGUUGGGAACAAACACGGCCCCAGUUAAUGCGGCUACGGGGACGGGACCAUCAUCACAGACGGCAGCACCACCGCCACCGCAAGGCAAACCACCCGCCUACUCGCAAUAUCCGUCCGAUGGUAAACCGGGCGUUAAAUUCACGGAAAGAGGUGCCCCUGAAGGUGCGGCCAGCGUACAACCAUCAGAUGCGAGCCAACUUCUCUCCCCAACUGGGCAAGGCCAUGGUCCACCGGGAAUGCCGGCAAAUCUAGCGAGCUCUGCCACUACUACUGCCGGAACUACGGCCGCCGUUGUAUCGUCGGGAGUGAGCGGUCAGGGCACGGGUGGUGGUGUAGUGUCCACCCAGACAGGUGGUGGUAACAUGCCGAACGCACCGCAGCAAACCCAGGGGGCUGUAUUUUAUGCCAUGAACGUUUGACAGGGUGAUUAGAUAAAGGUGACAAUACGGCUCGAGCGGGGAGAGUUGGAGUUGAACGGAGGGUGUGCGGGCAUGCAGCGGGAACAGGAAACGAUUGAAACGGAUGAUAACGAACAAGUGACGAACAAACCAUUGGCCAGCUAUCACUCUACUGGAGCUGCCCUAUAAUGGACGAUCAACACCAUACAACGAUGUAUUACCAAAAAAAAAAACAAAAGGUUCGUUGCUUAGCAGAAAGCAUUUAAAUCUUUCGUAUGGCAACGUAAGAGAUGCAGCAAUGAAUGGCAAUUAUAGGUGUGCGUGUGUUUUGUUGUGAAAAGCGAUUUGCUACGUCCAAUAUCAGAAACCGUGCAAAUUUUUGUGCAAAUCUCGUGCGUGAAAACUUCGUGCGUUGUGCGUUUGUAUGGUUCACAUACAGAGAACAAACGAAUAAGAAUGCGUGUACAUACAGUGUUGCGGGAGUAUGUGUUUUUGAAAUUAAUCGCAUUACGUUUGGUGGCAUCUGUUUCUUAUACUUCUGCUGUAAGAUAUCGUUAUUCUACCGCGGCGUUACACUAGUAGUGUACUUCACGGUGGUGAAGUGAUGCGAUGCUUCGGUUUGGAUUCGGUUUCAUACUUUCAACACUAAUAGCUAGGCGCUAUCGAUGAUCGGUGUACGAUAAAGUCACCUUCUCCUUCUCACUCCUUCACAUUAAACCACCACCAUUCGCCACUCCGCUCACCGCCUAAAAAAGGCUAACGCAUAUGAUCGAUUCGAUUCAUCAGCACUCAUCGGCACUGAUACACGCAAAACGGGUCUGUUGUGCGUAAAGGAUUAAGGGUGAUGGAGUAAAUGAUUAUUGCGAUGUUUUUGAAACACUCACCACACACGAUAGAGCUGUUUUCCUCUUAGUCGCGUACAUCCUGUUCCACUGUAUGAAUGUACCCUAUCACCUUCUAGCCAUGGAUGUAUCGAGUAGAUAGAGCUGUGGAGUAUAGAGAAUGAAAUGAGAGCUAGUUAAUAUGCUAACCCAAGAAUGCUCAAUGCCGACUGUUUGGUGGGUGUUUUUGAACGAAUGAAGCUAAAAAUCGGUAAAGGAACGGGGAGAAAUAAUUUAUCUCAAACAGGGGGUAGCAUUGUGUAAAUAGGAUAGGAAUGUAAAGGAUCGAAUGUAUAAUAAUUUCGAUCGAAUAAUAAUUUUUAAAUAGCCAGUUUACGUUUGUUUUCACACCAUUUCCGCGUGUGAGGCCGGGUUGUUGAAAAUCUGUCUGCUGAUCAGUUGAUUGGAGUUUUGGAAUGAAGUUGUUUCGAUGAUGAUAAUGUAAAGAAACGAAAAUACAUUUUGAAGCUCAAAUUUAGUGCACUCCUGCCUAAUAGAAGGGAGUGAGAGCAUUAUAGCAGGACAAAAUAAAUCAUCCAUAACAAACACAUUUGAACAAGAGAAAGGCUGAAGAUACGCUAAAAGACAUGGGCAUGAAAAUGGGCCGAUACUAUUUAAUGGAAGCUCUUUAAUUAUUUAACUAGUGCCAAAGGAUGCAUAGACCAACCAUUUUUUUUUUUUUUAUAAAUGAUUUUUUGUUUUUUGUACUCUUAGUUUACGAAAAGAAAAUUGUCAUAUUUGACAGUUUAGUAAGUUUUAACAUCCUUACAUGCUAUGCUGGUGAAACGGGUGUGUUAAAUUAUACGUUUUUUGCACUAUUUCACUAAGCCAUGCACACAAUGUAUACACGUAAAGUCGAGUAGCCGAUAAGUAUAUUGUUAAAUUGCACCAAAGAUGCUCUAUCCAAACACUCUCUCACAUUUACACCCAAAAAAAAUACACACACACACGUCAAGUAGAAAGGAGAUAAUAUUAAACUUCACCAUCUAUCGAUACACUUACAUGCACGAGCUUUCUGGUCCGCAUCGGUCGCGGCAACAAUGUUCACAUUGUUGUCUGUGUGGAAGCGGACAAAAAAUCACAAAAGUCUUCGGUUUCGUUAAUGUCCCUAUUGAAUUUGAGUAGUUGUAUGAUAUGUAAGAGUUUACGCUUUAGGUUUACCAAUUGCUUCUUUGCUCGAUUCUGGCUACAUAGCCUGUUGCACACAAUUGUUUCGGUUUGUGCAACUGUGAAGUGAUCGCUACACGUUUGCAAAGCACGAGUACGAUCGAGCAUGAGAUGAGAUGAGCUAGCGUUUUUAUAUGGGAGGUUCUGGAAAAUGCAAAUAAAUCAUUCCACAUGCAUCGAUACAACAAGCAUCAUUCAUUCGCCGACAAAGCAUAUAAUCUAAACAGGCGGGAGGAAUUAAUUAGAUAAGAAAGCGUUUGUAAAUCGCACAAAAACAGAGAAAAAAAACCGAGAACAUUCAAUAGAACAUGUAAAAGACAAGAAAAAUCAAUCUUGUAGAGUAACAAAGGCAAACAAAAGAAGAAAAAAACAAUAAAAAAGCAAAGAAGAAACAGUAGAUACACACAACUACUAAAGAGAGUAUAAAUAAAAACACAUAAUAACAGUGCAAGUGCAUGACAAAUUGUAGAUGUAGAAUUGUACUUAGAGAACAGAAAUUUUUUGUUUUUGUUUUCCUUUUUGCAAAAAAAAACACAACAAAAUGUAGCGUUCCAACUAUGAAAGCAAGCAUGGAAUGCUUACAGAGCAAAACAUCCCGUUUAGGGAUGUUAAUAAGUAGAGAAAGGACACGAGAAAAAAAACUAGGAACAAAACCAAUAGCUUUAGUUCAGAAGGUUAGUAAUACAUAGUAGCGAAUGAAGGUGAAUGAAGGUUCAACAGUAAGCAAACGGUUAGGAUGGAAACAAAGUUUGCUCUCAUUAGCGUGGGUGAUAGAUCCAAAAGGGGUAAGUAAGUGUAAUGAGAUAAAAUUAGAACAACAAAAUAGUGUAGCGUAAAACCAAAAAACCAAUAUAAAGUCAAACCAACCAGACAUGCAAAUACAUAACCAUCUUACCCAAGGUAUAUAUAUACACACACACACAAGCAAACAGACAAAAAAACAAACGAGCAAACCACAUAUAUAAACUCAAGUAUAUAUGAAAGAAUAUAAAUAUAUAUUUAAAGUAUUGCAUUCAGGAUGGGCAAGUUUGGGUUGUAAUUGAGUAGAAGUUAAGCGCAGCGAAAGUGUUUGGAACGCUCGUAGAAAAGCACAUUUGUGUAACAAAAGCAAAGCGCAAAACAAGCAAGCAGAACAAAAUGGCCUCAAGGGAAGUGUUGCAAAAUGCAAACGCUACAAGCUAAAGAAAUGUGCAUUUCAACAAAAAAAAUAAAA